GACUGCGCCAUUGUCGAUAUCAUUCAUUACUGUGAUAAAAUUACGGUUAUUUUGCUGUUGAUGUAGAUUUUAGAUCCAAUUUCUUCACGAAUUGUGACAAAGAACGCAAAAUGUCUGCGGCACCGGUUCCAGUGACGGAUAAAGGAAGAAGACGAAGACGUCUGAAUGAUGAGGGUGAAGAUGAAGAUGUUGAAAUAUCACCGGUUAUCGUCAGACCCUCCGAAUGUGAAUCUGAAGGAGAGACCCCAGAUAUACAAGAUUUAUCUGAAUAUGAAAGUACUGUAGAAGAUGCUGCUGGGCCUGGAGAAGAAAGUGAAGAGGAAAGUGAAACAGAGACUGAAGAAGGUUCUGAGACAGAAUCAGAAAGUGGAUCAGGGUCAGAAACAGAGGGAGGAGAAGAAUAUUCAGAUGAAGAGGGUAUUGAAGAAGAAAGGCAAAGUGGUGAUGGAGAGGAGCAGCCUAACAAUGAUAAACCUGAUGAUGAUGAAGAUAAAAAGAACCCAGCUUACGUCCCUAGAAAAGGUGCUUUCUAUGAGCAUGACUUUAGGCAUGGUGAUGAAGGCCCUUCAGUACAGGAAGUUGCAGAUGAUUCAAAACCAAAGAAAAAGUUAUGGCAAGAUGAAGGUAAAUGGUCACAUGAUCGCUACAGUGAUGACCUGCAAGCUCCAAAAACAAGAGAAGAAUUAAUUGCUCUCUAUGGCUAUGACAUUCGAGCAGCUGAUAAGCCACCUGAAGCUCCGCCUAAAAGACCUGGCAGAGACAAAGGUCCCAGAAAACAACGCAUGCAGGACUUUAUUCCUCGUAUGGCUGUCAUUGACACAACAGAAGAUGGUUCUGAUUCAGUUCCAGCUUUAGGAGGAGAGCUAAUUCUUUAUGAUGGAACUUCACCACCAAGUGUUAAAAGAAACAACACAAGAAAUGCUGAAAGUAAGCGAGGAGGCAUGGGCUACAAGAGGGCAAGUGGUGAUGUUGAUAAGCGCAACAACAGAAACAAUCAGUACGGUGAUUCAAAAUAUAACUCAGAACCUGAGAUGUGGGAUGAUCCUUCAACUCAGGAAGUACUAUCUCAAGAUUUUCCAAGUUUGGAAGACUCCACAAAAUCUUCAGUGGCUAGAGAAUCUGAAAAUGGAGACAAACCCAGGAGUGAUAACAAGCAGUCCAGUGAGAGAGGGCCUAAAUCAUACCCUGCUGAUGCUAGGGAUGUUAACUUCAGGAAAGAUAAUAGGGAAAACAAUAAGAAUGUAAAGAUGAACCAAAGUCAGGAUGUUAGACGCUAUGAUGAUAGUAACCGCUACCAACAAGGCUACAGAGAAGAUAAGAGGGGAGGCUUCAACAAUAGACCAGUGGGUAGAGAUGGAGAUUUUAACAGAGGCGUGGAAGAAAACUGGAGGUCAUCACCAAAAGAUCCAAGGGAUAACAGAGGAGGUGAUUUUAAUAGUGAUUAUAAUUACAACAGGAGGUCACAGCAGUCAUACAGGGGGAGAGAUAAAGGUCCCCGAACUGGUAACCCAGCAGAGGGCGAUAGAUAUUCUUAUAACAACCGUAAUAAUCGUUAUGAACAGCCACCUCGCUACCAGCAACAGAAGGGUGAUGCCAGUUCGGCAAAAGAGACCAGGGAAUACACCAAUACAACUUACAGAUCUACUGAAGACAAGACGAAACAGAGAAACAGCUACAAUGCUUCAGCUGUAAACACGGAAAAUAUAGUUGGAGAAAAUGGGGAUGGAAGCUCAUCACAGAAUGUUGUGUUUUCUAACAAGGAGAAUGUUCAAACUAUUAAUGUUACUAUUACAAGUACUACAACAGAAAAGAAGUCGUAUGCUAAGGAGCGCAGAGCUAAGGGAUCCUCUAGGCUGAUGGAAGGGGCAACUAUGGUUGGGCAUCCGGAACAGCAAAAUCAUGGUGGUACAGGCUUGCAGUACCAUGGACCUCCACCUGGCCAGAUAAAGUUGGAAUCAAAUUCAGUCCCUUCACAAACUGGAGCUAAACGUUACUCAUCUCAGAGACAGCAAGGUCAUGCUAAAGGAGUUUACUCUGAGCCUCCUCCUAUAGAUAGUGGUGCAAAUCUUUAUAACCCAGCUCUUCCACCCCCAUCAUUUUACAGAGAACAUGGUUCUGUUGCACCUGGUCAGCACCCCACACCUUCAUCACCAGGGGUGGUACAGGAAGCUGCUCAUUAUCCUCCCACUCUUAUCACUCCUACAGCUGCAUUACCUUAUGGAUUGCCUGUAUCUAGCACAGUUCUACCAAUACCACCUAACACAGCUGGAAUAGCACCCAAUGCUGCCUUAUUCCAGCCCCCAACUGGCCCUCCUCCUGUUGGCGUAUUAGGACCGCAGUACUUACCAGCUGGUCUCAUGUAUGGGGGAGCAGCUAGAGUCCCACCCCCAGGGACGGCAACGGGAUUUACCAUGCCCAUGGCUUACACAUCACCGCCACCAACAGCUGCAGGCGUGGUUGGUGGCCAGCCGCCACCGCUAGGAAAUGUUCCUCAACAGAGUAUGCAUUCUACAGCUCAUCAUAAAAAAGUUUACAGAGGAGACAUAACCUACUAUUCACCUGAGUUGCAGCAGCCCUCUAGAACUCCACAAAAGCGACCUAAAGCUGCUAUUCCUAUUAUUGAUCCACAGGAAAUGCGUAGACAAAAGCAGAAAUCUGAGCAACGAACAACUCCUGAAAAGUCAUCUCCAAGUAAGCAGUCAGCGCCUUCCAUUUCUAAUACAGUUAGUAAAGGAGUCAAUGCACACCCUCAUACCCAUCCUGCAAAACCAGGGGUCCAAUUGAGUGAAAAAGAAUUUAAGCAACCUGUUUCGGUUCAUAACAACACAGAUUCAAGUAGGUUAGAUCAGCCUGUAUCACCGAAAACAGAAAUAGCAACCGAGUCAUUACAAGAUGAAUCACAAAUUACUAAUGGUAUGAACUCCUUGGCUCUUAACCCUGAACAUUCAGAAGUGAACACACAAUCACUAUCUAUGGACAAUCCAGCUGAAUCAACAUUAUCUAGUUAUACGAAAGAUCCUUUGUUGAAUGCAAACAAUGAUAGUGCAGACAUAAAAGAAAAUUAUUCUAUGCCAACUGCACCAGUGUCUUCUAGUGAUGAGCCAGUGAAAACAGAAAUUGUGAUAGAUUCAUCUGAUAACAAAGCUGUCAUGGAAAUAAAAGAUUUACAAGUUGCAGAAAAUCUACUACCUCAGCAAAUCAGCACCGUGCAAUCAGCUGUAGAAAUUAAAACUGAAUUGUAACAAAAUGGCUAAUUAGUUCAUUUUUAAUUGUCAGAUAUUUUACUCUAAAAAGGAUAACUUCCAUUUUGUAGUGGUUGCUUCAGAUGUGUGCUUACAAUUUUUUUUUUUACUUCAAAGUUUAGUUCCCAACUAAAUAAAUCUUGCUAUGCAAGUUGUUGACAGUUGAAAUUAAAAAGUGCUUAGAUGUGACCUGAAUAUUUUCACUUAACAUUCUGCAUUUAAUACUUGUUGUGCUUUAUUAGUUACUAUUGAACUUCAAAGAACAGUUUUUUGUUGUUGUUUUUGCUGUAACCAUAACUGGUCUUUUUUUUGUUAAUAGUUUAGUGAUUUCCUCCCAUCCUGGUAGUGAUGCAAAAUUGCCUCUUAUUUAUAAGAACAUUUAUUUUAUUUGUGUUAUAAUUGUAUCCAUUUCUGUCAUCAAAAUUAUAUUUCUCCCUGAAGGUCAUGAAUUUUUGUAGCUUUUUCAUUUUUCAUCAGAAACUGAAUUUGUUUCACAAAUUCUAUUACAUUUACUAGAUACCAAGUACACUUUAUUCUAACUAAUGAGCACUAACAAACAUUAGAGUUGAUAUUGUAAACCAUUUAACUGCUGUUAACGUAGUUUUUUUUUAUGUUUUAGAAUAUAGUUUAUUUGGCACUCCUGUUUAAUCUUCGUUUUUAGCAUGUUGGAUCUUAAACUCUAGCAGUGGUCAUUUUUCUGAGUUGUUUGCUAUGCAAGUCAAUGGCUGUAAUUGUAACGAAAGUAAAGAUAUUUUAAUUAAAAUUAGCUACUUCAUUGUGUAAGAUCUAGGUCAGCAAAAUAGUUUAUUUUUAAUGCAAACCGGGCAUUGAUCUAUGUUGAGACAAAAAUAAUGUAGCCCACACAUUUUAUAUACUUGUACUGCAAUGAUUAGUGUUGUGAUGCAAAACAUUAGCAUUGUUUGAAAAGAACAGAAAAAUAUUUUAAGAGAAUAUAUUAAUCUGUUUUAUGAACUUUGUGAGCAACAACUAUAAAUAAUUGGUUUAUAUAUUGUAUAACUGAUAAUUGAACUGCAGGUGCAACAAAUGUGUGCACAAUUUUAAGUUAAGUAAACCCAAUUUUUGUCAAGUUAUUUUACAUUGGUUUCAAAAGAAAGUGAUUGAUGCAGCCUUUUUAUACCAUCCUAGUGUGGUUGUAUUUGUGUAAGGUUUUGCAACUUAUAAUUUUGAUUUGUAAAAUAUGUGUAUUUAUGGUUUACAUUUGCUUUCACUUUCAGCAUAAAUUAAACUUUAAAACAUUAAAAA